AAUGGAGAAAUGGGGGGUCGGGUCGUCUUCCUCGUGGCGGAGAUAAAGCCACAGCGAUAAGAUUACCAGAGGGGAGGGCGAGGGCCCCUUUUCAAUACAAUUCAACAAUCACAUGAAUUAUUUCAAUUCACAUCUCUGCUUUUCAAACUAAACUAAACGCCAAAAACCCUAACCAACUGGAGUCUGUGGCUCAUAAUUUCCUCUCUCAAUCCCCAAUUUCCCUCACCCACAUCCCACAUACGUUUCGUAUCUAAAUAAAAAAACGGACACGAACAACAAGGAGGAGUUUUUAAUUCAAUAGUACCUCCUCUGGAAGAAGCUGUUUCAAUGGCGGCCACUUCCAUUUCUGCAACUGGGCUGUGCUGUUCCUCUUCUUUCUUUGGAGGAUGGGGCUCUACCGUCGCUGGAGAGGACUACCCAGCCCUCCUCGCCAAGCAGGGGCCGGUGCAAGUGGGAAUGGGAAAGCCGGUGAGAUCCCGGCCGAUGAUGAAGAACGUGAACGAAGGGAAAGGGGUUUUUGCGCCAUUGGUUGUGGUUACUCGGAAUAUCAUCGGUAAGAAGCGCUUCAAUCAGCUUAGAGGCAAAGCAAUUGCCUUGCAUUCCCAGGUAAUCACAGAAUUUUGCAAAUCAAUUGGAGCAGAUGGAAAGCAAAGACAAGGGCUAAUCAGGCUUGCCAAGAAGAAUGGAGAAAGACUUGGAUUCCUUGCCUGAGAUUUCAUCACAAGACUCAUCUCUUCUUCUACUUAGUCUCAUGCUUUCUAUUUCAUUCACCUCUUCAGCUGUAAUAUUAUUUUCUUAAAACACACUCUUCUUUAGACACAGCAAAAUGCAUCAUUUUUCUGUAAUCAAUAUUCAUAAUCAAGCAAUCUCACAAGACC